UUUAUUGCUCUUCUUGAACCGAUUGUAAGAUGGUUAUUUAAGUUGGAAGGAGAUGAUUCAAGAUAAAGCGAGGUGGUUGAAAUGUUUGCAGUUUUGGAAAAUGACACGAAAAAAUACCAGACUUCAAAAAUUCUGCUAACGCCAAACGAAUGGAACAAGAUAUUAAUUGCCUGCAAAAAUCGUUCUCAAAUGGAUUUGAGGCCAAUUCAUUUUGCAACUAAUAUUUUAGACCCGUCUUACAAAGGUAAGAACUUGACUCCAGAUCAAUUAUCAAAAGGUCGUGCAAUGAUUUUCAAACUUGCCAAAAAAUUUAAUUUGGAAAACGAUAAGUUGGCGGUUGAAUUGAUACAGUACAAUUCUAAUAAAGGCAUUUGGGCAGAACAGUUUAUUCAGAGCUCUAUAAAUCUAGUCAGUCCUCUAGAUUGGUGGACAGGAACUUGUAGUGGAGCUUUAUUAUGUCGUAUUGCAAAAGCUCUCUUCGAACUUCCCUGUUCUUCAGCAGCUACUAAAAGAUCUUUUAGCACGUAUGGGUAGAUACAUACACCAAAAAGAAAUAGACUGAAAAUUGAGAGAGCUUGCAAGUUAACAUAUGUUGCUUACAAUCUUU